UGAUUACAACAACAUCAAGGCAGCCUAUGAGGCCAUGAAGAACGUGGCCUGCUUGAUCAAUGAGCGAAAGCGUAAGCUGGAGAGCAUCGACAAGAUCGCUCGCUGGCAGGUGUCCAUCGUGGGCUGGGAGGGACUGGACCUUCUGGACCGGAGCUCGGAGCUGAUUCACUCUGGGGAGCUGACCAAAAUCACUAGGCAAGGCAAGAGCCAGCAGCGAACCUUCUUUCUGUUUGACCACCAGCUGGUGGCCUGCAAGAAGGACCUGCUGCGCAGGGACAUGCUCUACUACAAGGGCCGUACGGACAUGGACGAGAUGGAGCUCGUGGACGUGGAGGAUGGGCGGGACAAGGACUGGAACCUCAGUGUGAGAAAUGCCUUCAAGCUCGUCAGCAGGACUACAGAUGAGGUUCAUCUGUUCUGUGCCAAAAAACAAGAAGACAAGGCCAGGUGGCUGCAGGCCUGUGCAGAGGAGAGGCAGCGGGUGCAGGAGGACCAGCAGAUGGGAAUGGAAAUUCCAGAAAAUCAAAAGAAACUCGCCAUGUUAAAUGCUCAGAAGGCAGGACAAGGCAAGUCCAAAGGCUACAGUGGAUGCCCCGUGGCCCCACCCCACCAGAACCUGCCACCCCUGCACCAGCGCCACGUCACCGUGCCCACCAGCGUCCCCCAGCAGCAGGUCUUUGCCCUGGCUGAGCCCAAGAGGAAGCCCUCUCUCUUCUGGCACACCUUCCACAAACUGGCCCCCUUCAGGAAGUGAGGCCGCCCUAGGCACGGCGAGGAGGACAUGUGUGUUUCUUGGGCUUUUGGGGAUCGAUGAAGGAGGGAAGGAGUUGGCUUCAUCUUCACCCCAGAGAUCCUUUAUGGGGUGGAGGAGAGAGCUCAGCACACAUGGCUUCAUCCUACACAGGGAAACCAGGAGCUCUCUGAGGGGCUGGGACCUGGGAGCCAAGGUCACGCUCUCCAGGGAACCCUGACAACAGGGACCAGCAUACUCCUGCUGUGCUUUCAGUCAGAGCGCCAAGACCUUCCUGUCCCUAAGGGAUAACUUGUUUGAGGACAGUCUCUGCAUUUGACUUUGAA